AUGUUUGUAACAGGUGAAAGAAGCUAGAUUUAUGGAAGAUUAUCUACUUUGUUUAUCCAGAGAUGUAAAAGUACCUGUAGUCAAAUGAAAUUUAUAGGUUCACAUCUAUUUUAUUAGUGAUUUUUAGCAGGAAAAAGUAUCCCAAGAUACCUUCAGUGGUUUAUAUGCAGAAAAAUUUUGCAUUUAGAUCUAGUAUGAUUUAUUUUUUUAGUUGUUUUCAAUCUUGUAUACUAAAAACAAGCCAUCUGGCAUUCUUUUGGCAGCGAGCCAGCGGCCACGGAGGCUGCGGCCACGUCGACAGCUCCAAAUGGGCUGUGGUGGAGGUGGAAAGUGAGGACGUAGAAAAUACCAGUGCACGGCUGGCUCUGGACUUGGAACAUACGACCAGAGGCCAGAUCCAAACAAGGAAACAAAAUGGACUUCUUCCCAGUCAGCCCGGGACCAUUCCUGCCUGACAUCGCCAUUGAUAGGAAGUCUAAAGAUGAUCUCAGCCUGAAUCUUGACCUGGAGAACUUCCCAGAAAACAUUUUUGAUAAGCAAGAACCAGAAAAGUUUAUUGAGCCUACAAAGGAGGAUAGCCUGUUUGAUCAUGCACAGGGCAAUGACUUCAGCAUGUUUGACAACCUGGAUUCAUUCCUGCAAGAGUUUGGCAACAGUGUCAGCGAACCGGGCCUGCUGUCGCCCUCGCCAGCGCUGUCAGACAGUGGUCUGUCCAACACCAGCUCUGACCAGAUCAUGUCACCUGAUGACAAUGGCGAAGAUGAUCUGAGCGGCACGGACAUGUCGGAGCCGGAGCAGGAGUCGGAGCAGCUCGGCUCCAAACCGGAGCAGAGCGCCGCGGAGCCGGAGCGCUCCUUCAACCCGAUCGACCUGAUCAAGAUCGAGCCGCCGUCCCCUGACUCCACAACCGAGCGGGUCGCCACCGUCUGCACAAGUGUCGGCGAGCGGACGGCAGUACCGGCGGCGGCGCGUCCCGUCACCACCGCCCCCGCGCCGCCGACCGUCACCGUCCUCCGCCAGGCGCGGCCCGGACAGUCCAUCCUCAUACCCGUCAACAUCAAAGGCUCCGGCAACAUCAAGACGGUCAAGAUCCUCAGCGCGCCCGGCAAUGUCAAGUCUCCGACUAUUGUGGGUGAGCUGCGCCCGACCGCCAUCCGCCACGGCGGCACCACGCGCAUGGUGUACAGUAUCGCCGGCGGAGAGCGCCUCCACACCUCCACCGGUCCGGUCAUCACCGUCUGCAGCAGCCGACAGGGGGACGCCGCCACCUCCGGCGUGGGACUGGCAGACGGACAGAAAAAGAAACUCGACCUCUCCAUCGAGGAACGGCGACUGCUGAAGAAGGAGGGAGUCCUUCUGCCCACCCACUACCCACUCACUAGGGAGGAAGAGAGGGAACUGAAGAGGAUCCGACGCAAGAUCCGCAACAAGAUGUCCGCCCAGGACAGCCGCAAGCGGAAAAAGGAGUACAUUGACGGACUGGAGGACAGGGUACGGAUGUGCACUGCCGAGAACCAGGACCUGCACAAGCGCAUCAAGCGGCUGGAGACUCAGAACGGCCAGCUGGCGGCUCAGAACAGCUCCCUGAGCACCCACAACGAGACGCUCACCUCGCAACUGAAGCGGCUACAGGCGCACAUCACGCGGGUGGCAUUGGGCGCCGGCCGCGGUGUGGCCCACCCGAGCACCUGCCUGAUGAUCUUGCUGCUGUCGCUGUCACUGUGCGUCCUGCCCAGCCUCAAAGACGAGGCGUCCGAUGAGGCAGCGCUAGGCAAGGCUGAUUCGAGCCGCGGGGCGCGCACCCUGCUCCAGUCGAGCAAGGCCGACUUCCUCAGCGCCUACCUGACGCGCAAGCCGCAGUUGGCCGGCCUGGCCGGCUUCGACCUGGAGUUAUCGGACGCCGAGGACGACUCGGCGCCGGCGGCCGACCGGCCGGCCGUCGGCCCAGAGCCGCCGCGCAAACGGGCGCGGCUGGCCGAGCCGGCGCGCUGGCAGGACGCGCUGCGCGAGGACCCGCUGGACGACGGUCCGCCGCCGGAGCCGGGCCCGGCGGCCGGCGCGCAGCACAACGGCACCCGGCCGCCGGCCGCCAGCCUGGUGCUCACCGUGAAGCGGCAGUGAGCGCCGCCGGCGCCGCCUGGUGGCACGCCGCCAGCGCUGCCUAUCGUCCAUUCCAUGAGGCGCCGGCCGGUGGGGGUUCGGAGCGCGAUGCGAGGUGCGGUGUGGUUUUAGCCGGGUCGGCCGGGCCCGAUGCGACUGCCGGCUGGGGCGCCCUCGCCGUGUAAAUACGCAUGUGUCGAGUCACUCUCUGGGGCCGCUGCCUCGCCGGCCGUCCCUCUCGCUGUCCGGGUGCGAGCAGCGGUGGCGGCGGCCGUACAAAGCGUCCCAGUGCGCUGGUGUUUUCUACGUUUAAACACUUUAAAAAUGCAUAAAAAUAGCAAAAGAUAUAUCAGAUCUAAAUCCAGUUACAUGCUCCAAGAGUGACCCUUCAGCAAUGCAUAAACCAAAUGCGGAAUGCGACACCUUUAUUUAUAGAUACGGUGAUAUUGUGCAUUUCCGUCGAUGUGUGUAGCGAUUACUAGCUCGCUGGCUGCCAGCAGGGUCUCACGGGCUGGCCGCGCGCGUGUGUGCUUGCUCGGGAAGGGUGCGGGACUGCGGAAUUGGUGCUGGAAACUUGGCCGUCGGCUCGGCUCGGCGACGGUGUGCGAGCGAGCGUCUGUGUAUGGGUGUGUUCUACGCGUGCCGUUCGUGUGCCAGCCUGCCUGCCUGAGUGUUGUGCACCCCGGCCGACCUGACCUGACCUGACCUGGCCGGCCGGCCGGACCCGACUGACAAAUAUACUGGAGCAUGGA